AACAUUGACCAGCAAAGUGGAUUUCUAUCAAGGUAUACGAAGUUUUUUCUCCUACAAAACUGAACAGGGCGGUACCAGCAGCAAUCGAAGAAGAAGCAGUUCAAUAAAAGAUAUUAAACUCAAAAUGGCUUUCCGUGGUAAGAAUAUCGUCAUCACAGGCGGAGCAAGUGGUAUUGGAUUGCAAGUAUGCAAACAAAUGCUUGCUAGUGAAGUGGCGAAAAUAGCUAUAAUUGAUUUACAGGAUAAUAUGGAAGAGGUUGUUAAGAUGCGAUCUUCAUAUCCAGCUCAAAGUGUAGUGCUUAUUAAAAUGGAUGUAUCCAAUAAAAAAGGUAUGGAUGCUACAUAUGCCGAAAUAAUAAAAUCUUUGGGAAGCUUGGAUAUUGUCGUGAAUGUUGCAGGCAUCUUCAACGAUAAAGAUGUACAAAAAACACUGAUGACUAAUUUGGGCGGCAUGAUUAAUUCUACGCUCGCAGCCAUGAAAUACAUGAGCAAAGAAAAUGGUGGCAAUGGUGGAAUUAUAAUGAAUAUGUCUUCAGUUGUGGGAUUAGAUCCUAUGUUUUUGAUUCCUGUGUAUGCAUCUACCAAAGCAGGCAUCAUACAUUUCACACGUUGCUUUGGCAACGAUAUGUAUCUUCAACGUACUGGCAUCAAAUUUAUUACUGUUUGUCCAGGUGCCACUAUUACUGAUAUGUUCACGAAUUUUACUGAGAAGAUUCUUUAUUCUGAUAUGGGAGAUGAAUCGUAUCGUGUUUUGGAUCGUUUGAACAAGCAAAGCGUCACGGAUGUGGGACGUUGCAUGUUAUCUGCAUUGGAAAAGGAAGAAAAUGGUGCUGUUUAUAUUAUCGAAGGUAAACGUCUGUUUCCAAUGGAAAUGACUAGUUACUGGCGCGGCAUCGAAAAAGAAUUAAAUGAAUAAAAUUAUUUAUUAUUCAAAUUAUUUAUGAUUUACAAGUUACAUAUAAAAUUCGGUUAAAAAGGGAUGCUCGACAAUGCUCUAUUACUUUUUUAUGUUAAUAAAUAUAUUUUUAGGAGACAAA